AUGCAGCUCCUCGCUUUUAUGGUCGUUGCCGGGCUCGCCACCACUACAUGUGGGCAGAAGGUCAAAGUUAUGCUGCUUGGCGACUCCAUUACUGAGAUCACCUGCUGGAGACCUCGAGUGUGGGACCAAAUCACGUCUGCCGGAUUGGCGAGCAGUGUCGACUUCGUCGGCAGCAUGAGCAACCUCCAGGGAAAAUGCUCAAGACCAUCAGGCUUUGAUCCCAAUCACGAAGGCCACUCGGGCUGGCAGGCGUACGACAUUGCUAGGAACAACAUCGUGGGCUGGGUCCAGAACACCAAGCCCGACAUCGUUCAGUUCAUGCUCGGCACUAACGACGUCAACAUCGGCAAGCGGAACGUCCAGACCAUUCUCGACUCGUACACGACAAUGCUCAAUGCCAUGCGCGCCGCAAACCCGAGGGUCAAGGUCAUUGUGGACAAACUGAUCCCGACAAGCUGGAGCGACGCGACUAUUGAGGCCCUCAACAAUGCCAUUCCCAGCUGGGCACAGGCGCGCACCACUUCGCAAUCGCCCAUCGUCAUCGCUGAUUGUUCACGGGCUGCUGGUUUCACCAACGCUAUGCUGCAAAGUGACGGCGUUCACCCCAACGACCAGGGUGACCAGUUCCUCGCAAAGCAGAUUGGCCCCAAGCUGCUACAGUUCAUCAACGACAUUCAAGGCGGCACUAGCAACCCAUCCGCCACAGCAACAACGGCGACAACUUUGACGACAAGCAUGACAACUUCUCCUCAGCCAACUGGCGGACGCUGCGCCGCUGUAUGGGAGCAAUGCGCUGGUCAGGGCUGGACGGGCCCAACGUGCUGUUCGCAGGGCACUUGCAAGUUCUUCAACGAUUGGUACUCACAAUGUGUGUAA